AAGGAGAGCAGUGUAGACUGCUGUGAGAUUAGAUUGACUCUGGCGUUGAGGACUUGAUGUCGGAACAACGCAGUGAACAGAAUUCUAAGCGGAAUUUUCUUGAGGAGGUGGAGCACAUUGCAUUUCUGCUACAUUGAGCAAAUUACACUGAGACCAUGGAUGACUUAGGAACGGCUGUUGAGAAGUUGCAGCUGAAUUCCGACGAGGGUGAUCCGGUGUCAUGUCUUGACUGUAUGCUGCAAGCAUUGGAACAAGAUGUUGAGGAAUCCAGUGCUCGUCUUCUGAGCCUAGGGACGGUGGCGGUUCUGACUGAUCAGCUCAAGAGUACAGACAAAGCCGACUCUCUAGGAAGAACCUGUAACGUGAUUGCCGAGAUGGCCAAAAAUGAGAGUAUCCGCGACCCGUUUGUAGACGCUGGUAUCAUCCCCACCCUGAACGACUUGCUGUCACAUAAGGACACAGACGUAGUGAUACAGGCAUGUCGAGCCCUGGGGAACAUCUGCUGUGACCAUGACAAAGCUCGGCAAGCUAUCCACGAUUCAGAGGGGGUAGAACGAUUAAUGGAAUUGCUGAAAUCAAGAUCCUCAACACCUGACGAAGUCUCAGCCAAUCAGAAGGUGCGAGUGGUUGCUAGUGGUUACCUGAUGAAUCUUACUUACGCCAAUGGCAUACUCCAGACUAAAGUCCGGAUGCAAGGAGGCGUUGAACUCCUUGUGUCACUGAUGAGGAACUUUCCCGACGACAUCAGCCUGUGUGGCAAGAUCAUCAUGUGCAUCGGCAACAUUGCUGAACUCGAUGAGAACAAGGUGUCCUUUGUCAACAGUGGAAUCACAGAGCUUCUGAUCAAGGCAGUCAAGAUGGUCGGCGACGAUGACCAACUGGAGACCAUCUUUGAAGUUAUCGCCACCUUAGCCGAAAAUGAUGCCAUGAAGGUGGAGUUUGCCAAGGCGGACCUUGUGCCGACCGUGCAGGAGGUUGUGGGGAAGUUCAUGGAGCAGGAGUUGGCCGGAGGCAGCCAAUCAGACGAAGACUUUGACAUCGAGAGGGUCGCCAGUGACAUCAUCAUCUUGCUACUUACCGGAGAUGACAGUAUGAAGUACCUCUUCAAUGACGGUCAAGGGUCCUUGUUUAAGAUCGUCAUGUCUGAUUGGAUCAAGUCCCCGACUGACCUCUACCAAAUAUCCGGGGCGCUGGCCAUCGGCAACUUUGCAAGAAAUGACGAGCACUGUAUAAGACUCGUAGAGCUCGGCGUGUUGGGACCCUUGCUACAACUCUUGAAGAGACCAGAGGGAGAGGAGCUGGAUAUGAGACUAGGGCAUGCUGUACUCAGUGCACUGAAGAAUCUAGCUAUACCAAAGGUCAACAAGCCUUUGUUAUUGGAAGCUGGUAUCCUAGACGUUAUUCUACCCUUCCUAAAGUUAGAAAUGCACCCAGUUGUCUUCAAGCUACUAGGAACAUGCAGAAUGCUCAUAGAUGGCCAAGGAGAAACAGCAGUGUCUUUGGGCCGUAACGUUGAGUUUAUAGAGAGAGUCACCGAUCUCUGUGACUGUCAGAUACAUGCAGGCGUGGCAGGAGAAGCCAAUAGGUUACUGGCAGCACUCAUUAAACACUCGGCCAACACCCAGGUCAUGCACUGCAUCAUUGAGCACAGUGGAAUGCCUCGCCUGGUUGCCAUGGCGAUGAGCGAGCACACGCUGAUGCAGAAUGAGGCAUUGAUAGCACUCACGCUUCUCUCUUCGACACAACUCGAUCCGUCAGCUGUGCAAGCAUUCAUGGAUUCCAAUCUAUUGGGAAUGGUCAGCAGGGUCCUGAGGGCAAACACGACUGCCCCCGAAAUACAGUGCAAUGUUCUCUCCCUUGUGGGCUUUCUAACACAAUCAGAUGUUCUAAAAGAAGCGAUGAUGCAUGAUAACUUGAUGGGAGCCAUUGACACUCUGGCGUCGAGCAACGUUGAGGCUGUACGGAGGAAGGCAGCAAACGUACGGGAGCAUUUUACAUGAACAAGAGGGGGCGCUAGAGCUGUGAUGAGAUUACGAGCUUGCCGAAUUGGAGCGCGUGUGCCAAAGUUGCAGCUACAGUUUGAAGCACAGAAAACAGCCUUCCACAGCGUCUAGUUUGUGUCUCACAGCAUGCACACUGAGGAUAUAGGCUUCACUGCUUCUCUAACAAUCGCUGGCUGGCUUGAGAAUGUAUUGUAACCAUUUGCGCUACUAGUCAUGCCAAAUUGGCAGCAAAGCUGAUACUGCUAAUGUCACAAGGUACAGCAAACAGUCCAGAGAUUUUCUUUGCCACUGCAUGCACUUCACAUACAAAGUGAUGUAUGGGAUGUACAGGUACCGGUACGCCAUUUAUUGUGGAACAAACAACUAGCCAAUUUUUAAUUUUGGAGCACUGAGGUUAUGGCUGUUGUUGGUAAAUUAAACAAGGCUUUGAGUCGGAAAUAUUUAAUCUUGUGAUAUACUAAGACAUUCCAAAAGAAAAAUAUUCAGUCAUCUGCAAGGAUGUAUGCUUUGACUGGAGUUAUAAGUGCGACAUGUUUAUAGCUCUUAGAGGAAACUGUAGGGCUGCAGCAUGCGGAUCCCUUUUUGGCAGAAAAGAAACUCGUUCAUGUCACAACGUUGAAAACUGUAUCUGUCUGAAGGAACAAUCGCGGUUUGAAAUAGGAAUGGAGAUUUCAAAGUGAAUAAGAUGUCACUUCAAGGUCUGCUUGAUUGCGGAAGGGUCUUGUGGAGGCAAGAGCUUCAGUGAAUGCUCAUGAGCUGCAGAAGCUCAACACUUUGGUUUAAUACUGUGUGUACAUGAAGGGCUGUAGUGUGCAAUCAUGAAUGGGUUAGAAUCUAGGCAGCAUGUCCAAAUCUCAUCAUGCUUAUUUUAACUGGAGUGUCCGCAUAAAAUGAAUGCAAAGACUGAGGACGUGAAAUAAUACAGUAUGCACUGGGAUAAGCUUGGAUUAGACAUGGAAGUUGCUGUACCUGAAAGUAAGUGCUUUCUAUAAAUCAAUUUAAAAAAAGAAAUAAUGGCAAUCAGUGUUCUACCCAUUGGGUGUGUGUUAUUCAAAAUUUAACGGAAUUGAGUGGUCUUUAGAGUUGAGUAAAGUCUUUAAAAGUCUUAAAGUCUUGCCAUGGAAGUUAUAACAAAUCAAACAGUUAAUUGUUUGUUACAGCUGAUUUCACCAGAAUACUUGGUUAGUUUCUUUGAAACCAUCAAUACAUAUUGUGAAUGAAGCUGUUUAGAAAUUGUGAUAAAAUGUAACUACUCUUAUUAACAAAAUGGCUCACUUGUGUGCAUUACCUGGGAUUGACACUUGUAAGAAUAUAGAAUGGUAAACAUUUGCAUUUCCAAAUUGGUGAAUACAACCCAGGAUGAGCUUCUUGAAAAAUUAAAAAUCUGCAAUGUAGAUGAACAAAAACAUGCCAGAGCUAGAUAGCAGUAUCUAAAACAAUACCAUACACUGUCGAUGUCAAAUACAUGUAUAGUAAUUUGUUUAGCACCACAGUUUUCCAUCUGGCAAUGUUCACAUGUAGAAAUAUUGUAUAUUGAUAACAUUGCGGUAUAAUUACGAAGUUUCAAGCGAUACACUUGAUUAUGCAGAGACUAUGAGCUCAUGAGGUUAAAAGAAAGACCAAAUCAAAUAGACCUUUUUCGUAAAGGUGGAGUCUGAAGGCACUGGUUUUGUAUCCCAUGAAUAGGCACGAGUACAUCUUAAAUGCACUCAUUGUUUGUAAAAAUUUAAAAAUUACAACUCCCUUGGAGAUAUGACAACACAGAAGGUCUUAUGAUGUUUUCUGACGAGAACUUGUAGGUGCUAUUCCUUAACAGAUAAAAGAACUAAACAAAAUUCAACAUUGUCUAUAAUCCACAGCAUUUAAACAGUGUUACGUGCACUUAAAAUGUUCCUGUUAACACAUUGCGCUAAAGGCACUUGGUCGUGUUACUUAGAAUGCUGCGUGGUAAACAGAGUUUUGUUAGUCUUUUUUCAAGGCGGUAACCUUCUUAAACAUUAGUUACUCAAUUUGCAACAUCUUGUAGAAAAAAAAGAGGUACAUCUUAAGCUGUUACAAAACGGUAAGAUCAUUGUCGUCUGCGAAGCAACCAAAGACACGGACUAAAACUAUUCCAAAGAAAAUACUUUCAUCAAUGUACUUACUUAUUACUAACUAAUUGUAAAUUUCCCCUGUAAUUACUUAUGUGUGCAACAUUUUCCUAUUAUAAUAACAUCUUUAUUCGCACAAAUUCGUGGCACAAGACACAAAACAGAGUUAAAAAGUAUUGCAUGAAUAAGAAGCUUUGUUGCCAAGCAACCAUAAAAAAGUUUAAAAUAUGUGGCUUGCAUGAAGAAACAGAAGAAGAAAAAACUCACGGUAUAAAAUAUGGCUUCACAUGAAUUUUCGUUUUGAAUCUGUCUGAUAUUUUUCCAUCCACGACUAGACUGUAAGUAAGCUUUGAAGUUCUCAACUGCUUGCUUUUUAGAGACGUUCCAGAAUGCAUGACCAUGAAAGCCAAAACUUUGGCUUUGGAAAACAUGCGUUUAAAAGCUUUUAAAGCAGGGAGGGUAAACAGUUGGAGCAGUCGUAUUUUCGUACAAAGUAAAUUCAUGGAAUAAAGUUGGCUUUGUUUCAAGAUAGUGUUCAAUGAAUGUUCGAAAUUGAAAGGAAUUUGAGAUACAUGUGGCUGGUUAAUUUUGAGUUUGAGCCGAAUUAUCAAGGGGGAAAUACUGGUAUCCUAUUGGCUUUGCCACCCCAGAGGGAGCCAAUAGCCUCAUGUCAAAAUGUGGAAUUCUUUUUUGCAUUUUUUUGUAGCAAAUCAUCAGUUUAACAGGUUGUCUUGAUUUAACCGAAGAGUAACUUCUAUUUCUAGACAAGCAUUCCGACUAGAUUUAAUUUAUCGAAUAAAAAUUACACCAAAUUGUUUGAUUUUGACUGCAGGAGUCUACGUAGAAGAUGCAGAUGUGUGCCACUGUGUUUUUAAAUGUUUACAUACAUGUCAUUUUAUUUGAUAUGUGUUCAGUGUUGCUGCAAUAUAAUGACCUGCACUUGGGUUUGUUGUUUAUUUUUACAGAAAAUUAAAAAUGUAUAACUCAAUAUUGGCAUAUUAGAUUUCUCAGGACACGGCUUAUAUUUUAAUUACUGCCUCUUAAUUUGCGGCACCUGGCUUAAGUCAAAAAUACAAAAGGUUUUCCACAUUUUACGAGUGAAUGCUCCCGAGGACAAAAAAAACACACAAAAAACAGCAGCUUUCGUUUAAUGGUGUCAUGAAUUAUUAGAAGCCCCACUAGUGUGGCCUUGGUAUUGCUGCGCUGCGAGGCCACACUAAUGGGGCUAGAAUUAUAGAUGCCUACUUGUACUUAUACCAUACCCAUUCCGUAAAAUUCAAUUCUCUGCGUACGUGAAACUACUUGAUGUACAAGGUCGUUAAGGCGAUGGUACCUUAGUCUGUAAUUGUUUUCCACUCAUUAUAUGUCACCUUAACAUUAGUGAAGUAUCACAUUCACUUUUCAAUGUACAUGCAUGUCCAAAUUUACGGGGAAAUUGCCCAUAAUAAGUUUAAAAGAAUGGUCCCAAUAAUUGACCUAUCGCGGUAGAAUCGCGUUAUUAGAAUCGCGUUAGAAUCGCGUCAACGCAGCUAGUGAAAUAUUGUCCAAUUACAUGAUAUACAAAUAUAUAGACGCGGAACGCGCAACAUCUGAGACAAACAAAACUAAUUAGUGUAAAAAAACUCCAUAAUUAUGGUUGUCUAAGGGGCGUGGCUAACUCGCAAACGGCGAUAGGUCAAUUGAUUUCAAAGCAGUGUUCUACAUGUAGUCGAGUACGUGUGUCCGAGUAUCAAGCACUACCGAGUACCAAGGUAUCGAGUACCACUAAGAUCCGAGUACUUUGACAUUACAUUUUGGGAACGAGUGCAUUUAUGUAUCCGAGUCCAAGUACUUAGACCUUCGAGUACAAGUACGAUUUAUUGGACCUCCGAGUACGAGAACUGCAGAAGUUUCAAACUGCAUUGUGCAGUUUUGAGCCUUUUUGAACAAAUUCAAAUGACGCCUAAGUUUAGACGAUUUUUAUUUUGAAAAAUCGGUUGUAUAAUUUGUUUUAAAGGUCUCUAUUGUGACGAGGGAAAGAAAAUUGUUCGUUAAUUUGUUUUUAAUGUGUUUUUAUGUUUUUGUUUUGGUGAUAUGAAAUAUCACGUUACACUUUCAUAAAAGGAGAUCCUGCAGAUGUACAUGUAUCACUUCAACUUGCAUUUUCAAUCCAUUUUUUUUAAUCUAAAACUCACUAAGCAUCUUACUUGUAAAUUCAUGUACUUAAGUUCAAGAUGCCUUUCACUUGGUAGCAUGACUAAAUAUUGUUUGAAGGACUUGUUUAUAAAAAGGUAAAAUCAUUAAUGCUUGCCAUACAUGACUGUAUAUUUACCAUAAUCAAAAUAUGCAUUCCGUUUUUCUCGAAAUGCUUGUUUUUUUACCGUUCGGGAGGUCCAACCACAAACAAUCAGCCAAUUCCUUAAAAGAAAGCCUAAAAUUAUAACCCAGCAGGAUGGAGGCACACAAAAUAUUCUGAUAAAUAAAAGCAACUUCAACAAUA